ACUGGAGACUCAGCUUGACCGGGACCCGGGCGAUCGCACUGUCCGGAUGUUCUCUGUCGCUCAAUGAUGUUGCUAUAGGCGUCACGCUGCUUUGCCAAAUGCAAAUGAUUGUACACAUCAUAAGGGAAGCUGAGCCCUCUGCUCUUGCUUUCGAACAUUCGCACACAUUGAAUUGUUCUUUUUGCAUAACAUGGAGACCCAGUCUUCUGAAGAGUUCCAGGGAGUUGAAGCCCCUUUCGACGAUCCUAGUGCUGAUCUAACUCUACAAUCGUCAGACGGUCAUCACUUUCAUGUCUAUCGUAUCAUCUUGGCCCAGGCCUCGUUGCAGUUCAAGACUACUUUUUCUCUCCCACAGCCGGCCACUGAAGGUGCUACCGUUCCGGUCCUUCCGCUGACAGAAGAUGCAAAGAGCCUCGAUGCAUUGCUUCGUAUAAUCUACCCGACCCGCUCGCCAAAGCUACCUGGCGAGGUCAGAGUUAUCAAGAAUAUCUUGGAGGCGGGGAGAAAGUAUGAAAUAGAAUUGGUGUUGGAUGCGUGUGCAGAGAGCUUAUUGGAUCUCGUUGAGAAGUUGGAGGAAGCAGUGGACAGUGAACAUGAAGACGGAGCCAAGGACGGUCAGGGAAAUCAGUUCAAGACUUUGGCUGUUACCACUCUUCAGGUCUACGCCAUUGCUUGUCAGUAUGGCCUUGAAGAUGUGGCUAACAAAGUUGCACAUGUCACAUUGUCCUUACCGCUCCCCGUACUGGUUAGCACCCACGUUCCGGAGUUAGACAUGCUCUCUGCGAGCGCUCUGCAGCGACUGCUGGACUAUCGCAUGGAGUGCGCAAAAGUGGCAUCCGACUUCGACUCGAUGGAGAACUUACAAUCCGAGUGGACCGAAAGAUAUAGGCCUUGCUUGCUGUACUGGGACUUCGACAAUCAGGUCUACUGUCGGUUUUGCAGAUGGAAGACCGACAACCAGUCUAACCCUGUUUCGCCCGAGUGGUUAGACAGAUAUUUUGGUUGGCUCUCGGAGAGGAUUCACGAGAUGCCGGGAAGGAUCGUGGCAAAUAGUGAAGAAGCAAUUCUGCAAGCUAACGAGUUCGCCAGUAGAUGCACUGACGGCCAAUGUACCUUGCUUCGUAAACUUCACUUCCCCGCUUUCGCAGAUCUCGUCGCGUCGACCAUAGAGGAACUCCUUUCAGAUGUCCCGCUUAAAUUCUCUAAACAAGCUUGACAGCGCUGAAGUCGAACACCGUAAAGCAAACGAUAUGAAUCGACCAGUACUGUCCUUUCCCAAAUUGAACGGAUUUACUAACAAGUGUACACCCGGAACGUUGAGGGUAGUUGCAAUGCAUUCAUCUUCUGAUACUCCUAUCCUCAGUAAUUUAGUUGUUCGAAGAAUUGUUGUCAAGGACAUCUGACUGGAGAACUUCUGCGAGAUGGUCUCAUUUUCA